AUGGGGCAUUCCUCUUCAAGGGCCGGAUUGUUCCGACGUCUGCCGCACUUGUCACCUGAGCACACCCCAGACGUGGACCUGCAGAAACAUGGGUGCCACAAUGAUGUAGAAAAAGUGUGUGGGCAAGAAGACAAGCCUACAAUUUCUUCAGUGGAAGGCGAAGAUGAUCUCAGUGAUCAUGAAGAAACUCUGGAUGAGGAGGAAGACAAGGAUAAAGGAGCUCUGAAGAAGAAGAGAAGGAAAUAUCAAGCAAUGGAUGAUACAUAUCGUCUCAAUCGAACUAUGAGGGACAAAGACUUCAAAUUAAACCGAAGUCAUUUCUACUGCUUCAAGGAUACCCUUGGAGAUUGGGAUGAACGCUCCACUCGGCUUCUGAUUCAACUUAUUCACAGUCAUCCCAAAACACACUUCUUAUUGCCUAUUAGGACAGAAAAAAGAAUGGGGCACUGGGAACGUAUACACAGAGAAAUGGAAGCAGCAGGAUACACCUUUACUAUUCUUCAGCUUCGCAUGAGAUGGAGGGAAGUUCUACAGAAAUACCGUUGGACAGUAGACUAUAAUGAUCGUCAUGAGAUUAAGAAGAGGUGCGAAUACUUCGAUGAGAUGAAUGAACUCUUUGGUGACUGGGAUAAGGAUGCUACACACAGUCUUCUUAAACAAAUGCAUCGUAUUAAAUUGGAAAACCAAAAAAAUAAGAUUAUCAGAAUUGGAUACAGCAGAUGGCAGAAAAUAACAGAAAAUCUGAACAGUGAGGGACACAGAUUUAACAUAAAUAUGGUCGAGGGAAGGUGGCGAAAUAUGGUGACCAUGUUUAAGACAAUUGUAGACUACAAUUUCAUACCAAAUGUUGAACCACGUUCUAUGGCUUACAAAAGAGACCUGGAAGAGCUAGUUAAGUAUGUUCCACAGCGCCGGCAGUAUUAUGAGAAGAAGAAAGGACGCUCGGUAAAAAUGGAACGAUUUCCAACCAAUGGUUCAAGAUCUCUUCUUCGAGCAUAUAAAGACUGCAUCGGUCGUUUUAUUGCUCCUACAGUUGAUAACAGAGUAGUGUGGGAUGAAAUUGCUCAGAGAAUGGAAUGUGAUGGCUUUAGUUUCUCAACAUUCAAACUAAAAGAAAUUCUUAAUGGUAUGAUCAAAGGUUUUGAGAAUUGCCAGUUUCACAACAGCCUUCCUGGAGCUAUUCGGCGAGAUGUUCCCUUUUAUCGUGAUCUGGCUGAGAUUUAUGGGGUACACGGUCGCUGGCCACAUACUCAAAUUUCAAGAACAAUAGAAAUGAGAACUAAAAGGAAAUUCAGGCUGAGACUCCAAGCGAGUCAACAGCUGUGGUCAUUAGAUGAAUCGAGAACACUGUUGCAAGUCUAUCCUGAUGUUCUCGAAGCCCAUGUCAGUCAGAACUUGAGUCAUCAAACCAGUGAUCUUUGGCUCCAAGUUGCCAAGGCCUAUGCUGCUACAGGAUACCCUAAGCGUGAUGUUCCAGAGAUAGCAAUUCACUUUGGCUUGCUUCGGCAGGGGUACUCUCAAGGAAACAAAUUUCCCUUGAUGAGUGAGAUGCGAAGAGUCAAAGAAAUCGAAGAAGCUGUUUGCUACAGCCCUGAUGUUUCUAAAUUCACUGGAGAUGUGGAGAUUACCUACUGGAAUCAUGAAGCAGUUAACCAUCUCCUUGAUUUAUACCUCAAAUACCAGCCAACUGCAUCCUCAUCUCCUGGUUAUAAAGAUGAAGUGUUUAUGAAGAUCACAGAAAAAAUGCUAGAAUUUGGUUAUGGGUAUAACAAAGAUCAAGUCUUCGAGCAGUUUAAAACUCUUCUUACCCAGUUUAAUACUCGAAUUACAAAACCAUGGACAUCACAACCUGGAAGUCGUAAGAUCCGCAAUCCAGUUGCAACUCCACCAUAUUGGCAAAAACUACACGAGGUUCUUGAGCUCAGGAAAAUUCUGUCACUAAGUUGGACAACAGGAGUGAAGCCACUUACAUUACAAGCUCAGAAAUGUGUGUAUAGUGUGGCAUGCAAGAAGGCUGAAGAGCUUCUCACAAAAAAGAUGGCCGACACUGAACAUGUGAGGCUGCUAGCAGAAAUCAUUGAUGGAAUUCGGGUUCAUAUUAGAACACAUCAGCUGUUAAAUCCAGUACCUCGGACUCGUCAGGUCCGUUUUCACUUGACUGAUGUUCUGAAGAACUAUGACAAGACUAGAGAAAAAAAUAAGGACAUUGUAUAUCUGCACACGUUAUUAGAAAAAUAUAACAUGUUAAAACUUUUUCAUGAUGUUUCUCUUGGAGUGAAUUGGCAGAAGAAAAGCCCGAAACGUACAUUGGAGACCGAUGAAGGAUUUCCAGAUAAAAGUUAUCUGGACUGGAUUUCAGAAGAGGAAAAUUCUGGUACAACAAACAGCCAAGAAGAAAAGGAUAUAGCAGCUGAAUACUUAACUUUUGCUCUUACUUGUUUAAAAGAAAAUUUAAACACACACACGUGUGGUAAUAUAGAGGAAACAAAUACAAUGCAUAUUAAUAAAAAAACUAAUGGAAGCAAUUUAUCUAAUUUAAAGCAUUCUGGAAUUACACAAAACCUUGAGUGUGAAGUGCCAAUAACCUCAGAAUAUGGUUAUAAAACUAGUGACAACAUUAACGUAAGUGAGCUCUCUAAAAUACACAAUGUACCGCAUUUUUCUAUGCUGAAGAAGAAAGUUAAAGAGAGAGUUUCCAGCAAAGAUUAUGAUGUAACAAUGCUUUCCAAUUCUGGGUCAGAGCUAGACCAAUCUAUUCCAUCUUGUAGCUACAUUAGUCCUAAAGCAAAAAUUAAAUGUAUCAACACAAAGAAAAGUAAGGAUGUAUAUAAAGAUCUUUUUGGGGAAGUGUGCAACAUCAUUCCUAAAAGAUGUUCUGUUGAAACAAAGGGUACAUUUUAUACCUUUCCAAGAUGUUCCAGCUCUGAUUUAGUUAUAUAUUUACCCAAAGACCUACCUUUAAUUGGUCACAGUAAUAUUUCCAGUAUAAAUGACUCGUUAAUACAUCAAUGUAGUGUGCUAAAACAGAGAAAAAGAAAAUGGAAUUCAGACAAUGACUCAUUGAAGUCUUCUGGUACAGAGCCUGAUGUGAGUAUUGAUAACUUGCUUAAUUUCAAAGCAAGUGAAUCGCAUCAUUCAGAACCACAAAAUAUUAAUAAGAAACCAGAGACAAAAAUAAUUCAAACACGGUCGGGUAGAAAAACUCGUUUCACAUUUUUUUCAAAGGCCCUGAAUGAUAAUUCAGAUGAAGAAACAGGGGAGGAAAAUUAUAAAAAAAUUUCAGAAAAUAAUAUUUUACAGAAACGACCCAAACUUGAUCCUCAAACAUCCGAAUCAACCACUCGGAGAAUAAAAAAAACGAAGCUUCAAACAAAUAAAGAGCCAGUUACUGUCCUUAGUUAUAAGGUUGUUUUGGAUGGUAGUGCUGUAGUUCACAGUAAUGCUUCACAAGAACCAAUACCUACAACAAGUAAUGAAGAUAAAAUCUUUCAUUGUGUUCCUAAUGUGAAAAAUCCGGUCAUGUCAUUUUUUAAGGAACAUGAAAAAGAGAGAGUAAAAACUGAGGAGAAACUGUUGAGUAUGUUGAAUACUCAGCAAGUAGAGCAAGCAAGUGUAAUAACAGAAAUGCUUGAUACAUUUAAGGAAUUUCAGUGUAAAUUAAAGGAUAAAAGAUAAGUUAACUGAGCAUAAACUUGUUUAGUGUGUAACUAUAUAGUCUUCCUGGCAUGACACCACCUUUUGAUAAUUACUUACUUGUUUAGUGUAAAUACAGACUUAACAUUUUA